AUGCCCGACAUCCAUUGCCAUUAUUCACCCCCCCCCCACUUCCCGUCACUCAUUCACAGUUCCUUGAAAGUGUCUUCUCUACAUUAUCGUGUCUCCUCUUACACCCCAUUCAUCUUCCUCCCCUUCUAUUCAUCUACACUCCCCCCCACUCUAGGAACGUCUUCCGUCUUUUUCUUCUAUACUCCAUUUUCUCCUUCACAUUUUUCUACCAUUCUCAUCUCAAGAUUUGUUUUGACCCAUUUUAUUCACGUUACCCUCCUCCUACUCCUCCUCCUCCUUCUACUUCUUCUUCUUCUUCUUCUUCUUCUUCUUCUUCUAUAUAUUUUCGUUAGGGCCAACUGUUCCCUAACUUCUUCUUCUUCUUCUUCUUCUUCUUCUUCUUCUUCUUCUUCUUCUUCUUCUUCUUCUUCUAUUAUUUUAGCUCCAAAGAAAGAAAAAAAAUUCUCUUUAUUAUAUGUUUUGCUAUUUUUUUUGCUUGGUACGUUUUACCCUCCGGCCUUCGUCAGUUGCCUGCUUUCAUACUCGCUAGUCUUGGAAUUUUAA